AUGGGAGUCUUUUGGGAUGUUAACAAGAGUAAAGUUUUCCCAUCCAAAAAUAAGACUCCAAUCUUCGAUAAGAUCGGAGCACCAGACUUUCUUACAUAUUUAAGCUCUAUAUCUAUAAAUACCUUGAAGCGAACUUAUCCAUAUCCAAUAAAUAUAAAAGCGAAAAUUUACUUGUUCGCCCGCUCGCAUGACUUCACAUUGUUAUUUAUGAAGCGAUGA